AUGGACGCGUCACAUGAAGCUGCCGAGCACUCCAAUGCCUCCGCGAUGACUCGCAAGGAGCGCAAGAAGAUUGAAAAGAGCGAGAAGCAGGCAGAGGAGCUGCGUCAACUCUCCAAGAAGGCGAACGCCGUGAACGGUGACACCGACAACCCUUUCUCCGUCACUCUCGAGACGGACCAGGUCGCGGAGGGCUCGCGCAAUAUCACCUUCAACAAGGUCUCCGUCUCUGUGAAUGGCAAGGCGCUCUUCAAGGACGCGACGGUGAAGCUGUCUGCUGGGUCUCGAUAUGGUCUUAUGGGGCCGAACGGGCGCGGAAAGUCAACAAUUCUGCGCCUGCUGGCGAGCCGUGAGCUUCCGGUGCAGUCGAACCUCGACCUGUUGUUGGUGGAACAGGAGCAGGAGUUCACUGCCUCGGAGUUGAGCGCUGUCGAUGCGGUGCUGCAGAGCCACAAGAAGCAAAACGCGUACGCCGAGGAGGCGAAGCUGCUGGGGGCCAAGGUGGAGCUCUCGGGGGCGGAGAUGGAGCGGCUGCACUUUUUGGAAGAGGAGCUCGAUAUAAUGGGUGCUGCCCAAGCGGAUGCCCGUGCCCGGCGAAUUCUCUUCGGUCUUGGCUUUCCCACCCAGUGGCAUGAGCGGCCCACGAGUAGCUUCAGCGGUGGCUGGCGCAAGCGCAUUGCCCUGGCCUCUGCCGUGUUCAUUGAGCCCGACGUGCUCAUGCUCGAUGAGCCGACGAACCACCUCGACCUGAACGCUGUCAUUUGGCUGGAGUCCUACUUGACGAAGGCGUACAGCGAGACGGCGAAGCGACCCAAGACGUUGAUCGUUGUCUCGCACGACGCGGGUUUCCUGGAUGAGGUGUGCACGCACAUGGUUCACGUUGAGAACUACCUGCUGAACUACUACCGCGGUAGCUACAGUGGCUUCGACGAGCAGUUGCAGCAGAGGCAUCAGGAGCUGGACAAGAAGUACGAAUCGGUCGCCAAGACAAUUCGCGACAAGAAGCGCAACGGCAUGUCAAACGUGCAGGUCGAGGCUUGGAUCAAGGAUCAGGUAAACAGCGGCCGCCUGGACCCGCUCUUCCUCGAGAAGAGGCGGGAUUACACCGUCAACUUCCCCUUUCCCGAUCCGCCGGAGCUGCGCGACGGGUGCGUGUGCAAGCUUGAUGACGUCUCCUUCAAUUACCCAAGUGGCCCCGUGCUGUUUCAGGGCGUGAGCUGCGCUUUAUGGACGGACAGCCGCAUCACUCUUUGUGGUCCGAACGGCAUUGGCAAGAGUACUCUGCUGAACCUCAUGACCGGUGUGCUGGAGCCGACGGCCGGGUACAUUACGCUAAACCGUCAGGUACGCAUCGGCCGCUACAACCAGCACUUUGUCGACAAGCUGCCGCUGGAGAAGACGCCGGUGGAGUGCAUCCAGGCGCUGGGGAUUCCAGAGGAAGACAAGGCGCGGCGGCUCCUGGGCAGCUUCGGCCUCGAGGGCAUUGUGCACAAGAACCAAAUAGCGACACUGAGUGGCGGCCAAAAGGCCCGAGUGGCGUUUGCGGCGAUCAGCGCCGAGUCCCCGCAUUUUCUCCUCUUUGAUGAGCCUACAAACCACUUGGACGUUGAGUCAAUCGAGGCGCUCUGCACGGCCAUUCGUGGCUUCAAGGGCGGCGUGCUGGUUGUUACCCACGACGCACGCCUCAUCGAGUCGACAGAGAUGCAAAUCUGGGUCGCCGGGGCCAAGAAGGUGAUGCCGUUCAACGGCUCCCUGGACGACUACAAGAAUGUGGUGCGUGCUGAGUUCGAGAAGGAGGAGGCGAUGCGUCAAGAGGACCGCAAGCAGCUGCUCGAGGACAAGGCGGCAACCCGCCAGCUGAAGCAGAGCGGUGCGGCAGAUGUGGCGCAGGCGAUGCAGAAGAAGCAGAAGGAACAUCACGAGCACGCACAGGGCCUCGAUGCGUUCCUCAGCGCUGCCACAAAGAAGAAACCCAAGAAGAUGAAGGAGGAGAAGAGUUAG